GGAUCCGAUCCUUUCAUAUCUCAAACAAGACGUUUCCGUUCAUUCUUUUUCUCACUCCCAAAUCCACUGUUCCACUAUCCCCCACUUUCAUUCCACUGGGUUAAGUAACUUAGACAAUCAUGAAUCGGCUCAAGAGUCCUGCACGCCUCAUGAUCGUCUCAGAUCUUGACCAUACUAUGGUUGAUCAUCACGAUCCCGAGAACCUUUCUUUACUAAGGUUUAAUGCCUUAUGGGAAACUAAAUACCGCCAUGAUUCAUUACUGGUGUUCUCAACGGGAAGAUCGCCUACAUUAUACAAGCAGUUGAGGAAAGAACACCCCAUGCUAACCCCUGACAUUACCAUUAUGUCAGUGGGUACUGAGAUAACAUAUGGUAAUGCAAUGGUGCCAGAUGAAGGUUGGGUCACUGUUUUGAAUCAUAAAUGGGACAAAAAGAUAGUCACAGAGGAAGCAAGCAAGUUUCCUGAACUUACUCUGCAGUCUGAAACUGAGCAACGCCCUCACAAAGCUAGCUUCUAUGUUAAGAAAGAAAAGGCUCAGGAAGUAAUGAAAAAUCUUUCUGAAAUUCUGGUUAAACGAGGGCUAGAUGUCAAAAUAAUUUACAGUGGUGGGAUGGAUUUGGACAUAUUGCCUCAAGGUGCCGGAAAAGGUCAAGCUCUUGCUUAUUUGCAUAAGAAGUUGAAGGCUGAGGGAAAGUUACCGCAAAAUACCCUGGCGUGUGGAGAUUCUGGCAAUGAUGCGGAGCUAUUCACCAUUCCAGACGUAUAUGGUGUCAUGGUCAAGAAUGCACAGGAAGAACUAUUGCAGUGGCAUGCUGAAAAUGCAAAAGAUAACCCCAAGAUUAUUCAUGCAGAUGAAAGGUGUGCAGCUGGUAUCAUACAAGCAAUCGGUCAUUUUAAGCUUGGCCCAAGUAUGUCACCCAGAGAUUUACCCAAUCUUUUAGAUGCUAAGUUGGACCAUUUUGAUCCUGCUUAUGAAGCAGUGAAGUUUUACUUGCUACUUGAGAGGUGGCAACGUGCAGAAAUGCAGAAUCCGGAACACUAUUUGGACUAUCUGAAAGGAGUUUGUUCUCCAUUAGGUGCAUACAUCAAUCCUUUUGGUGUCGAACAAUCCCUUCAUGAUAUCAUUGGUACGCUAAAAGACUGCUCUGGAGACAAAAAAGGGAAACAAUAUCGAGUUUGGGUUGAUCAAGUUUUCCCUGUUCAGAUUGAUUCAGACACAUGGCUCGUCAAGUUUAAGAAGUUGGAGCAAACUGGCGAAGGGCAACAAUGUUGUUUCACGACAGCUAUACUGAGUUCAAAGGAUGUGAAACCGUCACAAGGGUUCAGUUGGGUAAAUGUGCACCAGACAUGGAUGGAUGAUGAGUUAACAACUAGCGGAAAGAAUUGGUAUCUUUAAGGUUAUACGUGCUGCCCGUCUUUGAGGUAUCUUAGAUUACAUAAUGUUGUACCGGAAAUAAAUGUAGCAAGUCGAAUCUUUAUAGCAGUUUUGGUCAUUCAAACAUUAUCCCUGAUGGAGGCUGGUCUGUUCUGAUGAACUUGUUGCUGUUCUAUAUGAUAUUUGUAUACACGAAUGGCAUUUUACGGCCUGGAAUCUUUCGAGUGAAACUAGUUGGUUAUAAUGUCAAAACAUAUGAUUUUCUUGAUCAA